UUCUGUGAAAACAAGGGUUGUAAGGGAAUGAGAGGGAAGACAAUGAAGAAAAACCGACCGGGAGAAAACCCCAGUCCCAAGCGUUUUCCUGAGAACUGACGGGUGUUUUGUGGCUGAGUGAUUCCGUCGGAGGCGGAGGAGGGAGCAAGCCUGCCCGCUCCUCGGGGGACUUCCCGGGACCGGCUAUUCCCUUCGGAUGCGGACUGGGAAACCUGUAGGAAAUUCUCCCGCCUCCCUACGAAGCCACCAUGAAUUCAGUGGCUGGAAAUAAGGAGAGGAUUGCGGUCACGGCUCGGAGCAGAAAAUACGGGGUGACCGACCCCUGCUCCCCCACCAAGCCCGCCGCUCCCUUCUCCCCCGAGAGCUGGUACAGGAAGGCAUAUGAGGAGUCCCGGGCGGGCGGUCGCCCGGCGCCGGAGGGAGCCGGCUCUGCCCUGGGCUCCUCCGGCACCCCGUCCCCAGGCUCCGGCACGUCCUCGCCGGGCUCCUUCACCGGCUCGCCGGGACCUGCCUCGCCCGGCAUCGGCACCAGCUCCCCUGGCUCGCUGGGCGGCUCUCCGGGCUUCGGCACCGGCUCUCCGGGCUCCGGCAGCGGCGGCGGCUCCUCGCCGGGCUCGGACCGCGGCGUCUGGUGCGAGCACUGCAACGCCCGCCUGGCGGAGCUGAAGAGGCAGGCGCUGAAGCUCUUCAUCCCCGGGCCCGUCAGCAGCAAGGACCCGGGUUUCUCUUCAGUGAUUCACGAGAAGCUCCAAGUUCCCAAUACCAUUCGUAAGGCAUGGAACGAGAAGGACAACAGAUGUGAUGUUUGUGCCACACACCUGAACCAGUUGAAGCAAGAGGCCAUUCAGAUGGUGCUGACCUUGGAGCAAGCUGCCAACUCAGAACAUUACGAUGCCUCGCCAAGCUCUCCCCCACCUCUCUCCAAUAUCCCCACGUUAGUGAGUCCCCGGCACAUGGGCAGCCUGCAGCCCAGGGACUGGGCAUACAUGCCUUCUCCUUAUGCUACAUCUAACUACACAGGCUUUGUCGCCAACAAACACGGUGGAAAACCCAACAGUUUAGGAAUCGGCAACGGGGUGGAGAAAAAAAAUGGCUCUCCUGGACACCAAGCCAAGGUCAGCUUUCAAAUGGCCACCAGCCCCAGCAACGGUAAUGUUCUCAACUCUGUGGCCAUCCAGGCCCAUCAGUACCUUGACGGCUCCUGGUCUUUGUCAAGAACGAAUGGAGUCACUCUAUAUCCCUACCAAAUAUCUCAGCUUAUGACAGAGACUAGUCGAGAGGGCCUGACUGAAGCAGCAUUGAACCGCUACAAUGCAGAUAAACCCUCCCUGUACAGCUUCCCUGCUUCCCAGAGCACGUAUGUUGCCAGUGAAGUAUCCACGGGCACCUCAGUGGCAGCAUCAUUUUUUGCCAGAGCUGCUCAGAAAUUGAACCUGUCUUCCAAAAAGAAGAAGCACAGGCCUUCUGCAUCAUCUGUUCCUGAAUCUCCUCUCUUCUCUACCUGCUUCAGCAGUAUUCUUCAGACUUCCCCACCACCUGCACCACCAUGUUUGUUGAGGGCAGUCAGCAAAGUGAAAGACACCCCUGGUUUGGGCAAGGUCAAAGUUAUGGUGCGCAUUUCUUCCACGCUUGCCAGAGACACCUCUGAAUCCAGCUCUUUCUUAAAAGUUGACCCUCGUAAGAAGCAAAUCACACUCUAUGACCCACUGGCCUGCGGAGGUCAGAAUGCUUUCCAGAAAAGGGGAAAUCAGGUUCCACCCAAGAUGUUUGCUUUUGAUGCGGUUUUCCCCCAAGAUGCUUCACAGGCUGAAGUAUGUGCUGGGACUGUGGCUGAGGUGAUCCAGUCUGUGGUCAAUGGGGCAGACGGCUGCGUGUUCUGCUUUGGUCAUUCCAAGCUUGGGAAGUCAUACACCAUGAUUGGGAAGGAUGAUUCCAUGCAAAACCUUGGCAUAAUUCCUUGUGCCAUCUCAUGGCUCUUCAAGUUGAUUAACGAGCGGAAAGAGAAGACAGGAGCCCGCUUCUCAGUCCGAAUUUCUGCAGUGGAAGUGUGGGGGAAAGAAGAAAAUCUGAGAGACCUGUUGUCAGAAGUGGCUACAGGCAGCCUGCAAGAUGGCCAGUCCCCAGGUGUCUACCUUUGUGAAGAUCCCAUUUGUGGCAUGCAGCUUCAGAAUCAGAGUGAGCUUCGUGCCCCUACAGCAGAGAAGGCUGCCUUCUUCCUGGAUGCUGCCAUCGCCUCACGCCGCAGCAGCCAGCGGGACUGUGAUGAGGAGGAUCAUCGCAACUCCCACAUGCUCUUCACUCUGCACAUCUACCAGUACCGCAUGGAGAAGAGCGGCAAAGGCGGAAUGUCUGGAGGUCGCAGCCGCUUGCACCUUAUUGACCUGGGCAGCUGUGUGAAAGUACUCGGCAAAAACCGUGAGGGAAGCUCUGGCCUCUGCCUCUCGUUGCCAGCACUGGGCAAUGUCAUCCUUGCCCUUGUCAAUGGAAGCAAACACAUCCCGUACAAAGACAGCAAGCUCACCAUGUUGCUUCGAGAGUCCUUGGGGAAUAUGAACUGCCGCACCACAAUGAUAGCUCACAUUUCAGCUGCUGCAGGGAACUAUGCUGAGACACUGUCCACCAUCCAGAUUGCAUCACGGGUCCUCAGGAUGAAGAAAAAGAAAACUAAGUACACAUCGAGUUCUUCUGGAGGAGAGAGUUCUUGUGAGGAGGGCAGGAUGCGGAGGCCAACCCAGCUGAGACCUUUCCAUUCUAGAAACACUGUUGACCCAGACUUUCCUAUUUUGCAUUUAUCAAGUGAUCCUGAUUAUUCAUCCAGCAGUGAGCAGUCAUGUGAUACGGUGAUUUACGUUGGUCCCAAUGGCACUGCCCUUUCUGAUAAGGAACUGACAGAUAACGAGGGUCCCCCUGACUUUGUUCCCAUAGUUCCUGCUCUGCAAAAGACCAAAAAUGAGGGCAGGUUGGAGGAAGUUAGUGAAUCAGGGCCCAGCACAUCUGAAAGAGACUGCCUGAAGUGCAACACCUUUGCAGAGCUCCAGGAGAGGCUGGAUUGCAUAGAUGGCAGUGAAGAGACUGACAAAUUUCCCUUUGAAGAGAUGCCUGCUCAAUUUAGCUCAGACCAGAUGUCUAAGUGCUCUGUCUCAAGCCAGCUGGCAGAACUUAGCCACUUACCAGAGUCAGAUAAGGAAGAUACGAUGCCAGAAUGUCAGCAUCCUGAUAGAGAAGCCAAGGAAAAUAUAAAUGCAACACCCAGUAAAACUAAGAGAAAUCACUCCCCUGUUCCUUCUGGAGCUCUUACUAAUCUUUCAACUCCUUCUUCUCCCAGGAGUGUAACAGGCAGCUCUAGUAAAGAGCUUAGCUCUUGUCAGUUAGCACACAGCACCAGCUUGCAGAGUAGCAGAGAAGGGCUCAACACUUGUGGAUUCAUGGAAGGCAAACCUCGGCCAAUGGGUUCACCCCGGCUUGGGAUUGCAAGCCUCUCAAAGACGUCUGAGUACAAGCCACCAACUUCUCCUUCCCAGAGAUGCAAGGUCUAUACACAGAAAGGAGUCCUGCCCAGCUCCACUCCCCCACCAGCUGCCCUGAGUAAGGAUGCUGGGAUGACAUCUAGUGAAUCUUUAUUACAACCAGAAAUUCGGACCCCACCUGUAGGCAUGAGCCCUCAGAUUGUGAAGAAGUCGGUGUCCUCCAGCAAUGGGGAUUUUGAAGAGACUGUUCUCAAUGAAGAUCAGCAACAAAGCAUGUCUCCAGAAUCCAAGAAGGAGAUUCUGAGCACCACCAUGGUGACCGUUCAGCAACCUUUGGAGCUGAAUGGAGAGGACGAGCUGGUGUUCACCCUUGUAGAAGAGCUAACCAUUAGUGGGGUCCUCGACAAUGGGCGCCCGACCAGUAUCAUCAGUUUUAACAGUGACUGCUCAGUGCAGGCUUUGGCCUCUGGGUCUAGACCAGUCAGUAUUAUCAGCAGCAUAUCUGAAGAUCUUGAAUGUUACUCCAGUGCAGCUCCUGUGUCUGAAGUCAGCAUCACACAGUUCCUUCCACUUCCAAAGUUGAGUCUGGAUGACAAAUCCCAAGAUGAUGGCAGCAGGCGCUCAUCCAUCAGCUCGUGGUUGAGCGAAAUGAGCACAGGAAGUGAUGGUGAACAGUCGUGCCAUAGUUUCAUAGCCCAGGCAUGCUAUGGGCAUGGGGAAGCUAUGGCAGAACCCCCUGUCUCCGAGUUUGCAAGCACCAUACAAAGUGCCAGCAUGAUUUGUGUAAGUGACAAACAGAAGUCAGUGGCUGACAACAUGCUUAUACUGUCGGAAAUAGGGGAGGAAGCUUUCGGCAAAGUGUCACCCAUCAAAGGCUGUAAAAUAUCAGCUCUAGGGAAAACUACUGUCACAAUCAAAAACACCGCAAGCCUUAGCAACUGUGAAGGCUACAUCCCAAUGAAGACAAACAUUACUGUGUACCCAUGUAUUGCUGUUAAUCCCUUCAAAACACAAGACACUGAUGAUACUGUACCGACAGUAACUGCAGACCCAAAGGUUGCUCAUUCCCACGACAGGAAAGAGUCUAGUGCUAGGAAGGAUAUCAAAUUUGAAGACCCUUGGCUGAAGAGAGAAGAAGAUGUUAAAAAGGACAGCCCUGGGAGCAGUGAUGGGCCAAGGCCUGACAUGGCUGUGGUUUCAGCCAAGCCUGAGCACAGCACAAAGCAGUCCUCCUCAGAUAGGUUUAGCACCAGCAGUGGAGACACUUCUAUUUCCCCAGGAUCUGACAGUCUAAAAAGGAUUGUGGAUGGGUGUGAGGUGGCAGCAUCCAGCUCUGCAACCCAAAGUCCUGUUCAUUCCAGUGACGGCUUGAAGAAUUUUAGCCUCCCUCGAGGGGUCCCAAAGGCAAGCAAGGUGGAGGAGUCUGACAGUCAUCUCCAUCCUACAACCACUGACAGCAGCGGAGUCAGUUCUCCUGCCCUUCCCCUGUUUUCUAAGGCUAGUCUUGACAAGAAAAUGGUAUCUCCCAAACACUGCAUCCUCACUCGUCCCAAAGGGACCCCUCCUCUACCACCAGUGAGAAAGUCAAGCUUGGAUCAGAAGAACAGAGCCAGCCCCCAGCAUAGUGCAGCCAGCAGCACCACAAGCAGUCCCUCGAACCAGCCUGUGUCCUUCCUGGCCAGUUUCCCCGAGGAGCUGAAUGCCAAACAAAAGGGCCCUGGCGUUGACAGCAGCGUCAGCAACAGCAGCAGCAAGCUCUUCAGUGCCAAACUGGAGCAACUUGCCAGCAGGACCAACUCCCUUGGGAGGUCCACAGGAAGCCACUAUGAGUGUUUGUCACUGGAAAGAGCAGAAAGCCUGUCCUCUGUGAGUUCCAAGAUGAGCCCUGGCAGAGACACCACAAUGCCUAGGGCUGGAAGGAGCCUCAGCCGCAGUGCCAUGUCCUCACCCACCAACUCCGGCCUCUCCCAGUCAGCAGGUGCCUCCCCAAAAGCCAGCCAGUCAAAGAUCUCUGCAGUCAGCAAGCUCCUGCUGGCAAGUCCCAAGGCCCGCAGCCUGUCUGCCUCUGCCACCAAAACACUCAGCUUCUCCACCAAGUCUCUGCCUCAGUCCGUAGGGCAGAGCUCCAGUUUGCCCCCAAGUGGGAAGAACAUGUCUUGGUCAAUGCAGUCCCUCAGCAGAAGCCGGGGCUCCAGCCUUGCUUCCAAAUUGCCUCUUCGGGCUGUCAACGGGCGGAUUUCAGAGCUGCUUCAGGGAAGCGCCAGUGCCAGAGGCUUACAGCUGCAGGGAAACUCAGAGGCAGAUGAGCGUGGGGGCCUUCCUGGAGAUGAGAAGCCAGCUGUUCACAUGCUACCUUCACCUUACAGCAAGAUCACCCCUCCUCGGAAACCUCACCGCUGCAGCAGUGGCCAUGGGAGCGACAACAGCAGUGUCCUGAGUGGGGAGCUGCCCCCUGCCAUGGGGAAAACAGCCCUCUUCUACCACAGUGGGGGUAGCAGCGGCUAUGAGAGCAUGAUGAGGGACAGCGAGGCGACAGGGAGUGCCUCUUCAGCGCAAGACUCCAUGAGUGAGAACAGUAGCUCUGCAAGCGGCAGGUGCCGAAGUCUCAAAAAUCCAAAGAAACGAUCAAACGCAGGUUCACAGAGACGGAGGCUUAUUCCAGCUUUAUCACUGGACACCGCUUCCCCAGCAAGGAAGCCUGCCAACAGCCCUGGGGUCCGCUGGGUGGAUGGGCCACUGAGAAGUGGGCAGAGGGGCCUGGGGGAGCCCUUUGAGAUCAAAGUCUAUGAGAUAGAUGACGUGGAGAGGCUCCAACGACGGCGAGGUGGGGACAGCAAGGAGGUGAUAUGUUUCAAUGCCAAGCUGAAAAUCCUGGAGCAUCGCCAGCAGAGAAUCGCUGAGGUCAAGGCCAAGUACGAGUGGUUAAUGAGAGAACUGGAGGUGACAAAACAGUACCUGAUGCUGGAUCCUAAUAAAUGGCUUAGUGAAUUUGAUCUGGAGCAGGUAUUUGAGCUGGAUUCUCUGGAAUACCUGGAGGCCCUGGAAUGUGUGACUGAGCGUUUGGAAAACCGUGUCAACUUCUGCAAGGCCCAUCUUAUGAUGAUCACCUGUUUUGACAUCACCUCUAGACGCCGAUAAAGUAUGAACCUCAAGAGAAUUUCAAUGCACAUCUCUACCAUCCUCCUUUUCCCUUCCAAGUAGCAUCCCAAAGAUAAAAGAAUGAGGAUGAAGGUUGGAGUCAAGUCUCAACUGUGUGUAUGAGAGAUUUGCUAUACUAUACAGAGGUCUGGUAUUAAAAAAAAACAAAACAGGACAAGCAUGAAAAAUGGAGAUAUAAGGUUGUUGAUUCUCUUAGCCUAAAAGAGCACUUUGAGGAACCUUUAAGGACAUGUCUGUAAAUAGGAACUGCUGGCAGAAAACACUUCUUUCCCUGCAUUAGCUGAGGAAGGAGAAAAGGUGGUUGUAGGACUUCCACUGAGAGGUUCAUUAAAAGAAAACCUAUCCAGAAAAACUGUUUAAGUGCCUUGCAAAUCUUUAUUAUCCAAACAUUUAUGUUCAUACUUUAUUGUGUACAGAUGGUGCUAGUCAAGAAAAGAAAAAGGAAAAAAAAACAAAUACACUUUUGAAAUGUAUUUACAGCUUGUUUUUCUCUUGGUGUUUUCUCCUAUUUCAGACUUGCUGUUUCUAAGUAACUUGUGUUUGUAGAGAUAUUUCCUAAUCAGUACAACAUAUGAAUAAAUGUUAACUGUCUUUUCUUGUUACCAGAGUAAGGCCACUCAAAGAGAAAUUCAGCUUUCCCAGAUGACACAAAACUAUUUCUAGCAGAGAGUAAGAUUUGCUUAUGUCUUCUGUACUCUCUUAUAUACUGGAGAACACAGUAAUUUUACCAGUCUGUAGGUUUUGCAAUGUAUGAGAGAGGAGAAAUGACAUUACCGUGAAGUAAAUAUCUUUUCAGUUUGAUCCAACCCUCCCCACUUGUUUUCUUUUUUCAUAUUUUUUUUUGCUUUGUACUGCCUGAAGUUAUGAAUGAGGAGGUACUUUUAUCCUAACCCCUUUUUUUGGUGCUAAUAACUUGCUGAAAAAUUACCCUUUAGGCUAAGUGUUCCCACAGUUAUCAGUCAAAAAACGAGUGAUUAUUCUGUGAUUUCUUUCUUCAGGCUCUGAUAAAAUUUACCUUCACCUCUUUAUGACAUACACCACUGCAAAACAUGUUUUGGCAGCUUUCGACCCUUGGCCCAGUGUGUCGAUAGUCACAGACAUAUCUCAGAAGCACAGACUCUACUUAGUUUAGUACAUCUGGAAAUAAAGUAAAUGAGUAGAUACAGCACUUCAAGUAUGUUGGCUAUGGCAUCUUCUUCACUAAGCCUCCAGUAUGUGAAGCCAUGGCAGAAUUCACAUUGACGUCAAAAGGACAAGGCCCGGUGCCUCAAUGCACAUCCAAAUGUUUUACUAGUUUGCCUCUUUAUCUACAAAAGAGUGUGUGGGAAGGAAAACUCUUUGUGUUUUAUAAACAAAUGUGCAAAAUCUGCAUUUUAACGACAGGAGCAUGAAGAAGUAUUUUGUUGAAUUAGGUUUCUUAUUCCUCUGUGUUGAAAUAAGCACAUGCACAAGAAUUCCUCUUUCACAUACGUUUGUGCUACCCUCCUGUUGCCUAUGAGGAAAUAAGAGCCUCAUUUAAUAUAUACUCAAAAGGCAUCAACUACUGUACUUAUGUACAACUUUUCUUUUAUCUGCAACAUCAUAUCAAUGUCAUCUUAAAAUACCCCAAGCAACAUGUUCCAAUGGAAAAAUAAUACUGAUAGAUUUUCUAGUGGUUAGGCAAAAAAGAAGCUUUUUUUUAAAAAUAGAAAUAACAUUUUUAUAGUCUUAUUUUCAUUUGGUAAUAACAACUCUUAUUAAUUCUAUUUCCCUUGUCACUGGAUUUUGUAGAAGAUUCUUCUUACAAUCUACAAGAUUAUUUGGAGGGGAAAAAGGGUCCUAUAUGAAAGUCAGUUUUUACUCUGUUCCACAUCAAUUUCCUAUCAUGAAACUUUUAUUCCAAGUAAGAAUUAAAGACAAAUACCCUUCUCUCUCAAGGAAAAAAACCACCACCACCACUAAAAACUCAAACCAAAACCAAACCAAAACAAAAAACCGCAGCUGCAGAGAGCCAAGGAAAUUGCCCUUACACACAGUCUGGGACUUAAACAGGAGUGGUGAUGUUUCUAUAGAUCAAGUGGACACAUUUCAGAGGUAUUGUAAAAUAUCUAGUGAAUGUAAUAUUCCUCACCAUCAUUAACUUAAUUAUUCAUUUACUCUAGAUUUGGUACUUCUGUAGAUUGGGAAGCAUAGAAAGCAGUGUGUCUACCUAGCCAUUACUUUAAACAGUAAGGGCAUGUGUUCACCCUGUUUACCACGAUUGACCAAAAUCGAUUCCUGAAACCAAAUUGAUUAUGCCAAGGAUAAAUUUUGCACACUGAAAAUUAUGUACUAAUUGGUAGAAUCAUAGUACUUACAAAUAUUUUAUUUCUGAGGACCUAAUUAAAGUGGCCAUUAACACUCUCUUUAUAUACCAGUAUUCAUAUCCUAAAAUCCAUACUCAUCUUCUUUUUCUUGACUUUCUGUCAUUGUAAUUCAGAAUUUGCCACUAUGUUUUUAAGAAUUGUGAUGGCUUAAUGGAAAAAAGAGGAAUGAAAAAUAUGCGGAGAUUUGAAAACUAUAAAAUGUUUCUUCUCAAAAAAUAGCUUUUUACUUCAGAACUUAUAUUAUUUCAAAUAUCUGCGAAACAGGUAAUUAAAAGCACCAGGACCUUAUUAUUGCAAUUGAUCUUAGUCUGCAGUAGUCAGCAUUUUACAGAAGACCCAUACGCUUCUGCAAGUCAUCCAGAUAGUCCCAUUAUUUAAGGAAUUGCCAGCAUAAUGCUGGUUUUUAUGCUGAUUUUUUUAAAAGGCAUCAUGUUGCCUAAGAUACACAAGGAACACCAUGAAUGUAAUGCUUAAUCGUUUGCACAUUCAGAAAUCAAUCUUCUUUCCCUGGGACAGCUUUAGUAGUGAACAGCAGUGUUAAUGUAAUUAGGUUUGAAGGUUAAUUCUUUGUUUGCAUGUGUGACAGGAGAUCACAGCUCCUCAUUGCUGGGUUGUGUGACAGCUGCAGAACAGCAUUACUGCUCCGUAUCCCCACCACUGUUCUCCAGCACAGGCAGCUGUGGGGCAGCUUGGGGCUUGUUCUGGGAACUGCUCAUCUUUGCACAUGUGAGCCUUAUUCAUACAAGGGACAGAAGUUGCUUUAUAGCCACAAAUUCAAGUGUAGCCUUAGAGUGGAGACUUUGGCUGCAGUCUGGAUUCACACAUCCUUCUGGUCGGUGUGAGCUCUUGCAGCAGGCAGAAAGCUCUGGGUCACACCCCUGCUGGCUGCAGGUGCUGGGUCACUUUGUGUCCCAGAGGGUAUGGGAGAGCCCUAAUUCCUGGUGCUGUUUGUCAUCAUGACACAAGUCUUUUCUUUAGCCAUGCAUGCCUUGUAUUUGCCUCAGACUGAUUCCUCAUCAAUUGGUUCAGAUCUAAGCAAUCUGAAGUAUACUUUACAGAGAGACAAGGAAGCAAACCAAUACUUGGGCUCUCCUUUCUUAGGUCUUUACUGGGCUUCUUCUCAUCUCAGCUGCACUGGUAAAACUUAGGCACAAUUGUGUUAAGAGUCAGGAGAGUCAUAGCAGAGUAACCUUCCAGUUGCAAGGAAAAGGAAAAUUCAUCCAUUUGCCUUUUUUUUUUGGUAUCUCCUCAUAUUGCAUAAGAGUCACACAGAGCUAUUACUGAACAUCUGCUGACUUUAGUCCAGUCUUGGAAGAUCCACUGCCAUAAAACCUAACUUCUGAAACUUGCAGGUACAUAAAACAGUAACUGGUAACCAGCAGUGGCAUGAUCCUCUGGCAUGAAGAAAGCUAAGUGAGAGCUGCAGAUAAUGUACAGAAAAGGAUGAAAGAUACAUGCUGCCAUUUUUCUCUUUUAUAUGGCAAUUAUAGAGGCUGAAAACUGGGAGUGAUGCUCACCAAGUCCCGUGCUUGCUCACAGGAUAGACUCAGUCCAUCUUAAAGUAUGAGAGGUUUAAAUUUUUUUUUUUUCAUUUAUCUCGAUAAUAUGGUAUGUCUUAAAAUGGGGGCUAUUAUCUGUGGCAUGGAAUCCAAAUGUGAUGACAGCUGAAGAACCUAGACUCUUUUACAAACAUCACCUUUUAUAAAUGUUUGUGAUUUUGUUUCAUCUUUUUUAUGAAUUAAAAAUAAUUGUAAAAACAAAGGGUAUGUACAUACAGAGAACUAUAUAUGCAAACAGUCUGAGACAGUCUCCACAUGCAUUAUUGUGGGGAGGUGGUACAGCUGUUCACAAAUGGCAACACCACUGCUUCCCCUUCCUCCUCCAAGGAGUGCCUACAAAAUCUUUCUCCUUGCACUCACCAGGAUGAAGGUGACUCAUGCCACACUAUAGGGAAAACUUAUGCUUAAAACACUUUUAAGGCCUGCUUUAAAAAGUCCUUUCUUCCCCACAUUCUUCAGCCUACAAAAGCAAAUUGCUGCAACCUCCCAUCUAGAGGCCUGUAAAAGUAUUCCGAAUGAACUACGUCUAUAUUUCAGGGUGUCGUGAAUUUAAGGCAAGAUAUUUUACAAUCUCAGCUGUUAAGUAUAACAAAUUCUGCAUAUGCAUGAGGAAUACAGCACAGUUACGUCAAGUGAGAACCUGGACUCUUGGUGGCCUAUGAGAUCAAGCUUUCUGUCUAGUCCUAGUAGCUUUAAAAUUAUAACUUGAAGCUUCUUCACUGAAGAAGGAAAUUCCAUUCUCAUAAAGCAGAGGCUGAACGACCCUCUGAUGCCAGUUCAUGGGAGGGUCGGUUGCACAGCAUCAGAGAUGCACCAAGUCUCUGCAGAGAUCAAAGCAUUGGUAUUGUUAAACACUGAUAGGAGUGGAUGAUGACCAUACAGAGAGGCACUUUUUCUCAAAUCCACGGAUGGGUGGCAUACCUUGCUUAAUCCUGAUGUCCUCAUGGUCUUUGAUUUGUUACUCCACAGGCUUUUGCAUUGGCAACACACAGCAGCUUUUUAAGACACAAGGCUGGACAUUGCUAGCUAUCGUGAUUUGAAACAGGUUUCCAAAUAACUAUAGCAAACAAAACUGUGAAUGAUUUGUUAGUGCAAAGUUAAUAAUCUCUCUCUCUCUCUUGCAUUUAUUGUGUGCUCAUCCCAGGGUUAUCAGAGCUUCCAUACCUGCUCUUGGGAAUAAUAAACCUUUUUAUUAUUGUCUUUAUCUUUUCUUCUUUCUCCUUCUCAAGCAACCUUUCAAAAAAAAAAAAAUCUCUUUUCCCUGAAAAUGUAGCACUCUUUUACUAAACCAGUUGAAGUCAGUAUGGAUUUUGCCACCAGCUUUAUAAACAGCAGUCUCGUGCUUGCUUAUGCAACAUUUUGAAGCUCACAAAGGGCGUGAUGAUUCUGCAAAGAAUGGAGGUGCUGAAAGUGAAAUAGUAGCAUUCAGAUAUAAUAUUUCAAACUACCUUCAAACGCUCCUGGACAGCAAAUAAAACACAACCCAAACCAUCUUACUUUGAGUGGUCGUACUUAAGUAUUGAGCAAACUUUAUAAUAAUGGUAAUAAAUUGGUGCUUGAGGCAGUUUCAGCUACAUUACAUAUUCUCUAUAUACUAUAGAUAUGGAUGUAUUCACCCUUUAUAUUGUAUGUGUAUGUGUGUGAGUAUUUACAUGUAGCACACAUACAUAUAUGUUUUAUGUAUGCAUAGAUACUAACUUUUCUACGUUUUACUUCUUUCCCUCCCAUAGCUGAAACUGCUGGUUACUAACAUCCACAUCAUAUUCUAUGUAUGAAGGAUAUAAUUUAUUUGUAAACUCAGGAUGGUCUUGUUUUAUAGAGUUGCUUGUAUUUUAUAAUUUAUUUACACAUGAUGGUUGGAAAUGCUUAUCUAAGUGCUAUGCAUUGAAGUGUAUGUUUGCUAAAUCCAUUUCACUCUGUCCGUGGCUAUGUUCUUUCUCAUUUUAACAGUGAUAUAAAAUAGGGCUAAGGAGGAGAGAAACUGAUAGAUAUAGAACUUAUGCUGGUCCCACCAGUGGGCAGUUCCAGAAGAGGAUGUAUCAGUAGUAGAUAUAUAUAUUUUAUCAACUAAAUUUUAUGGGGGAAAAAAAAGAACAGCAUGAGGAUAAGUUCAAAAUGUGGAAAGUCACAGCCAUUUUCAAGUUGGUCAACAAAUGCAUUGAGCCUUUUGCCAUUAAAAUUGUAAAGUUUAUUGUUUGCUGGCUAAAAAAUAUCCUUUUUGUGGUAUCUGAGGUGUGAAACAUUGUCAAAAAUAUGAUGUCUGGAAAAAAAAAAUCAAACUAUAGUGGCAUUAAAUGUUUACUUUUACCUUA